GAGGAAGGGCCGGGAGAGGGCGCGGUGGGCAAGAGCGGGUGCGGACCCGACGACCUCCCCGUAGCGCCCCGGCGUCGGGGAGGACUUCGGACCUCGCAGAGCCCGAAGGCUCGCAAAUUUUGACCGAAAACCCCUCCCUUCUCCAAGCAGCUCAGCCUGUGUUCUGUAGCCAGAAAAUUACAGUUCUUCCCACUCAAGGCCACCAGAGUCAGAAAAUUCCUGCAAAUGGGCUCCCAGAGGCCAGGCUGAAGCUGCCACACUGGCUGGAAUGGGCUACUUUGGAGAGGGACGUGGGAAUUCAUUCCAAGGAGCAGGGAGAUUCUAAGAGAAUCUCACCAGCUUACAAAGGAGGCAGGCUCUGAAGCCGUCAUCUAGAGCCUGUGGUGAAGCCCUCUUGUUAGGGCAACUGGAUGGUUUGUGUUCAAAAUCCAUUUCGCGUGUGUGCAAAGACACAGGUGUUAUUAGAAGGGAAAAUUCAAUGACUGAAAUUUUUAAUACUAAAUAAGCUGAUUUUUAGUUUUUCUAGGGGCACUGUUAUUUGUGACCACAAUGAAAAGUGUAGACAGUGAUGAUCUGGUAACUGGCACACUUCCCAAGCUCAAGAGCUCAAAAGAAUGGUUGGAGCCCAAGCCCCUUUGUUUUAUGGAGGUCUUAGCUAAAGAAGAUACUGAUGCAGCUAUUCAGUCAAUAUUAUACAGAAAAAUUAUUUAACUAAGGUAAGAAUUGGCUACAAAAUGCAUCUCAAAACUAGAUAAGUAUUUACAACAUCAAGCCUUCUUAAAUGCAAGAAAAAAGGAGAUGUUAUAUAAAAGAUGCGACCAUGUGGCACAUCCUCUUCAAAAGAAAAUUAUAGAAAAAGUUUGCUCACAUAAGAAGAUUAAAAAAAGGAGGCAAGAGGAAUCAGACAGCUUUAUAAAAUAUGUAAAUAAAAAAGGGAAAUGCUUUAUAGAACAUUAUGAUCCAAAGGAGUAUGAUCCCUUUUAUAUGAGCAAGAAGGACCCCAAUUUUCUGAAGGUUACCAUCCCACCAUUUCGCGACCCUUUGAAAAAAGCACAAGACAAGGAUAAUGAAAAAAGAACUCUUCUUCAGUGUGAGACUGGUACUUAGCAAAUAUAUACAAUAAAAGAAUUCAAAGAAGUUGAGAAGGCUCAGCUGCAUUCCAGAUUCCCACAAAUUUCUAAUUCAAGGCACUUUAUGACUCCAAAUGAGUGGCUAAAACUGCCUAUAGGAUACAUAGAAAGUGAAUUUUGUAAGAGGAGAAGGUUAAAGGUGAAAGUGAAUUUUAACGACUGUAGUUUCGAUUUGAAACCCUUGGCAAGAACUCCUUCUCUUCUGAAAUCCCAGGAAGAAGGAAAAGCAGUUAUUUACAAAAACAAAGGGUCAUCCUGUCUAGAAAAAGAACCGUUGUGUUAUCGAGAGGCAAAGAAUCCAAGUGUCAAAGAGGCCACCUCUGAAGGGCAUUUUUCGUCCUUGAGCCUCAGUCAGGAGGUGGAACGGGAGGAAGACCAGGAUGGGUCCCCUUCCUCCGGUUUGGGGCUGCUGAGGCUGGAACUACAAGAAAGAAAAGGGAGGUUUUAGCAACCAAGGAGCACACACCCUGAUCCUUGAUUGGUGAAAGGAUACACAAAAUAAGGCUGCUUCAGAGGAAGUUGUCUGCUUGCGGGAAUCCGGGUGAAGGCCAAGGAAGGCACUCAAGAAUUGUCGUGUCUCUAAAAAAGCAUGUGCAACAAACUUCCUUUAAUUUUUAAGUUCAGUGUCUGUGAUAAUUAAGAAAUGGCAAUACCAUGUAUUUUCCCCAGAAGUUAAGAAAUAUUGCCGAAUGAACCAAUAAAAAUAAUUAUAGCUACCUUA